AUGGCGAGCCCGCGCCGCCGGCUGCCGCCGUUACACGUCCGUAAUCUUAGCACAGUCACCGUCGAGUCCGAUAGUUCAGAUACCUCCGCCAACCCAAUCGACGAUGACGAUACCGAUUUCUUCAUGGGCCAUGGCAACGAUUCACAGUCAUCGCUCGGCGCCAUCACCGUUGUCCGUGAUUGCGAUAGCGAAGUCGAUCUGGAUCAGAAACACCGCCUGACUCCUAUCUCGAAACUCCCUCCCGAGAUCCUCAUGUCUGUCUUCUCAAAGCUGACUACUACCGCCGAUCUAAGAAACUGCAUGCUAGUAUCAUAUCACUGGGCGUUAUAUGCAGUUGGCAUCCUCUGGCACCGUCCACUGUGCAACAAAUGGGCCAACCUGCAGACGGUUACAAGAUCACUUCAAGCAGAAGAUAAGGCAUAUUUUCCCUACCAUGAGAUGGUCAAGAGGCUGAACCUGUCCGCAAUCUCCGAUAAGCUGAGCGAUGGCUCAGUUACAUCCUUCAUGCACUGCAAGGGCAUCGAGCGUUUGACUCUGACAAACUGCUCCAAGUUGACUGAUUUCGGCGUGGCUGGUCUGGUAGACGGCUGCAAGAAGCUCCAGGCUCUGGAUGUGACAGAUCUGGAGGCCUUGACCGACAAGACCUUGCAGGUUGUGGCCCAGAACUGCUCCAAGCUACAAGGUCUCAACGUAACGAAUUGCUCCAACAUUACCGACGAUUCUCUCGCCGAGAUCGCUUACCAUUGCCGACAACUCAAGCGCUUGAAGCUCAACGGUGUCUCCAAGAUUACGGACGCGUCGGUCAUCGAAGUCGCAAAGAACUGCCGCUCCAUCCUCGAGAUCGAUCUAGCCCAGUGCUCCUCCAUCAGUUCCGAAUCUGUGACGGCGCUCCUGUCCAACUUGGUUCAUCUACGAGAGCUGCGCCUGGCCCACUGUGUCGACAUUAAUGACAGUGCUUUCACCAAUCUCAAUCCAGCUCUAACGUUUGAAGCUCUGAGGAUUUUGGACUUGACUGCUUGCGAGCAAGUCCGCGACGACGCCAUUGCCCGCAUCAUUCCUGCAGCUCCUCGAUUGCGAAACCUGGUUCUCGCCAAGUGCCGCCACAUUACAGACCGAGCUGUAGCCUCUAUUUGCAAGCUCACCAAGAACCUACACUACAUUCAUCUGGGCCAUUGCAUCAAUCUGACGGAUGCUGCUGUGAUUCAACUGGUCAAGGCCUGUAAUCGAAUUAGGUACAUCGACCUGGCUUGCUGCUCGCGACUGACCGACUCGAGUGUGCGGCAACUGGCACAACUUCCCAAAUUGCGACGCAUUGGCCUUGUCAAAUGUCAAAACUUGACAGAUGUGAGCAUCAUGGCACUGGCUCGUGGACCCGUCAUGUUCAGCUCGUCUGGAAGAGUUGAUGUACCUUCUCAGUUCGUGUCUCUAGAGCGUGUUCAUCUCAGUUAUUGCAUCAACCUCACACUAAAGGGCAUCACUGCUUUACUUCACAAUUGUCCUCGACUCACCCACCUCUCCCUGACAGGUGUGCAAGCCUUUCUACGAGAAGAUCUUACUCGUUUCUGUCGAGAUGCCCCCCCCGAAUUCACUCAUCCCCAGCGCGAUGUCUUCUGUGUGUUCUCCGGAGAUGGUGUUCAACGCCUCCGAGACUACCUUCUACGUUUGGCCAUGGAGCAAGCGGAGCGCGAUAACCGCGAUCCUAUCGAUGACAGCCUCCUCGACGGGGUCGAGAGUCCUGGCGCUGACACGAUGUCAGACGAUGGCACCAUUGACGGCAAUGACCAGAGUAUGGACAUGUCAUUACCACCCAGACGCAUUUCACCAUUCAUGACCAAUCCUCGAGCUCGUCAGCGGCCCCGUAGUCUGCAUGAGCUACCAAGUUAUCACGUCGAAAUGCCUCUCUUGAACAACGACCAGAUCGAGCGGUAUGGUGCUUGGACGCCUGACAUGAGCAUGCGGGCUUCGCUUCAACCAGGCAUGAUGGGUGUACCUGGGCCCAGUACCAUGUACGAGCACCGCUCUCGUAGUCCAGCUCAAGUUAUGAGCUCGGACGUCACGCCUAAUUACGAUCUGGAUGUCCCCAGCCCAGGACGAACUCCAUCUCGACGUCAUACCUUGGUUGAAUCAAGCCACAGCUACUUUGGCCCGCAGCCACCGCCGCCAUCCUCUGCGCCCGCUCCGGUCUUUGGUCAGCAACCUCUACCUUCGAUGGACCAGUUCGACGACAUGCCACUGCGAGCUCAACGCCGCGUUCAAUCAGGCUUCGGUCCUGCCCUUGCUGCGCCUCGCCCUCAGAGCAACCAUCUGUAUGAUUUGGGAAUGCGUAGUGCCGCAGAUAUUCGACAGACAUAUUUGCGACCCGACCUUGAGUUCAGUACGUUCGAUGCCAACCACGAGGCUAUCAUGUCAACCAUUCCAGGCAGCCGCUCAGCAAGCCGCCACGCAUCCCGAUCAAACAGUCCGCACACCUCUCGCGUCAGCAGUCGUUCACGACUGAGCCACAUUUUAUCAAGCAUGAGGACCAACCCCUUUUCGUCGCCUGAAAGUCGGAACCCGUUCGGUAUGGCCGGUGGUAGUCGGAAUGUGUCAAGAUCGAGACGUGAGGAAGAAGAGGACCGCCAGAGAAUGCUUCAGGCGCUGGCUGAGGCGGACUCUGCCCAGCAGCUGCGCCCAGACCUUUCUCGCGGUGAUUCGAGCAGGACUAUCGAGCUGCCCUUGCUUAGCCCUGAGCAGAUAGAGCGCGUGCCUCCUACGCAGGGCGAGUCAUCCGGUUCUCGCGGUCCAAGCCGGGAACGCGAGUCUACGGACGAUAUCGAGGACGUUCCCAUGAGCAAUGUACCCUGA